AUGGUCGGUGGAAAAUUAAUAAAAUCGUUCAAGGAGCCGACUACAUCGAAGAAAAAUGUGUUAGACGUCUCUCAAACGAGUAAUAUUUCAAGUAGUGAUAUUUCUUCGAAUGAUAUCACAACGUCGACGUCAUAUUUUACAAAUGAAGAAACUUCAUAUUCUAGUGCAAUAGAUGGGGUAGAUCAGACAACCAUAAGAUCAUCCAAGACUUUUGAUUCGAAUAACAAAAUCGCUGACCGAUCGGAUGGACCAACAAAUAAGAAAAAGCCAAUGGGAGAUAAAGAAAAACCCAAACCCCGAACGGAAAAAAAUGUCGAUGAAGAAGGUCUAUCUGUACGUAUGGUCGGUGGAAAAUUAAUAAAAUCGUUCAAGGAGCCGACUACAUCGAAGAAAAAUGUGUUAGACGUCUCUCAAACGAGUAAUAUUUCAAGUAGUGAUAUUUCUUCGAAUGAUAUCACAACCUCGACGUCAUAUUCUACAAAUGAACAAACUUCUUAUUCUAGUUCAAUAGAUGGGGUAGAUCAGACAACCAAAAGGUCAUCCAAGACUUUUGAUUCGAUUAACAAAACCGCUGAUCGAUCAGAUGGACCAACAAAUAAGAAUAAGCCAACGGGUGACAAACAAAAAAUCAAAUCCCGAACCGAUGAAAAUAUCGACGAAGAAGGUUUAUCUGUCCGUAUGGUCGGUGGAAAAUUAAUAAAAUCGUUCAAGGAGCCGACUACAUCGAAGAAAAAUGUGUUAGACGUCUCUCAAACGAGUAAUAUUUCAAGUAGUGAUAUUUCUUCGAAUGAUAUCACAACCUCGACGUCAUAUUCUACAAAUGAACAAACUUCUUAUUCUAGUUCAAUAGAUGGGGUAGAUCAGACAACCAAAAGGUCAUCCAAGACUUUUGAUUCGAUUAACAAAACCGCUGAUCGAUCAGAUGGACCAACAAAUAAGAAUAAGCCAACGGGAGAUAAAGAAAAAACCAAACCCCAAACCGAUGAAAAUAUCGAUGAAGAAGGUCUAUCUGUCCGUAUGGUCGGUGGAAAAUUAAUAAAAUCGUUCAAGGAGCCGACUACAUCGAAGAAAAAUGUGUUAGACGUCUCUCAAACGAGUAAUAUUUCAAGUAGUGAUAUUUCUUCGAAUGAUAUCACAACCUCGACGUCAUAUUCUACAAAUGAACAAACUUCUUAUUCUAGUUCAAUAGAUGGGGUAGAUCAGACAACCAAAAGGUCAUCCAAGACUUUUGAUUCGAUUAACAAAACCGCUGAUCGAUCAGAUGGACCAACAAAUAAGAAUAAGCCAACGGGAGACAAACAAAAAACCAAAUCCCGAACCGAUGAAAAUAUCGAUGAAGAAGGUCUAUCUGUCCGUAUGGUCGGUGGAAAAUUAAUAAAAUCGUUCAAGGAGCCGACUACAUCGAAGAAAAAUGUGUUAGACGUCUCUCAAACGAGUAAUAUUUCAAGUAGUGAUAUUUCUUCGAAUGAUAUCACAACCUCGACGUCAUAUUCUACAAAUGAACAAACUUCUUAUUCUAGUUCAAUAGAUGGGGUAGAUCAGACAACCAAAAGGUCAUCCAAGACUUUUGAUUCGAUUAACAAAACCGCUGAUCGAUCAGAUGGACCAACAAAUAAGAAUAAGCCAACGGGAGACAAACAAAAAACCAAACCCCGAACCGAUGAAAAUAUCGAUGAAGAAGGUCUAUCUGUCCGUAUGGUCGGUGGAAAAUUAAUAAAAUCGUUCAAGGAGCCGACUACAUCGAAGAAAAAUGUGUUAGACGUCUCUCAAACGAGUAAUAUUUCAAGUAGUGAUAUUUCUUCGAAUGAUAUCACAACGUCGACGUCAUAUUUUACAAAUGAAGAAACUUCAUAUUCUAGUGCAAUAGAUGGGGUAGAUCAGACAACCAUAAGAUCAUCCAAGACUUUUGAUUCGAAUAACAAAAUCGCUGACCGAUCGGAUGGACCAACAAAUAAGAAAAAGCCAAUGGGAGAUAAAGAAAAACCCAAACCCCGAACGGAAAAAAAUGUCGAUGAAGAAGGUCUAUCUGUACGUAUGGUCGGUGGAAAAUUAAUAAAAUCGUUCAAAGAGCUCACUACAUCGAAAAAAAAUGUGUUAGAUGUCUCUAAAACGAGUAGUUCAUCAUCGACCUCUACGUUUAUUACUGCUAAUGAACAGACUUCUAUUUCAAGUUCAAUUGAUGACCAGACCUUAAAGACUUCAAAAACGUUUGAUUCCAAGCCCAAUGCUAGUGGCGAACCAAUUGAUCCGAAAAUUAAGAGAAUGCCGACUGAUAAAAGUGGUACUUCUAAAGCUAAAAAGGAUAAAAGUAUCAAUGAAGAGGGUCUUUCUGUUCGUAUGGUCGGUGGAAAGUUAAUUAAACAUUUUAAGGAACCAUCACAAUUAACUGCAAAAAAUACUUCUAAAUCAACUAGAGUCGAUACUAAUGUAAAUACAUUUCAAACAAAUGUUAAUGUCGAAAAUACUUCUCAAAUUUUGAAUACAACUUAUAUUGUUGAAGAUUCAUCGCAAAUAUCAAAUGAUAGAAUAACGGAAUCGGUUGAUUCUAUGAAGGAUAAAAGGAUUACAAUGGUUAGUGGAAAAAUAGUGAAUACUCCUCAUGAACCACAGGAGAAACCACGUGGAUUAAAAGGCGAUGUCUCUUACAAACCCAAUUCUGAAAUUAUACUUUCUGAUAAAAACUUUACUACAUCUUUAGACGACACGCGGAUUAUUCGUGACGUAUUUUAUGACGUGUCUGAAGAAUCUUACAUUGAAUCUCGUGAAUUUUCGGAGCAGUCUGUUGUGCAAGACUUCCAAGUGACAACGAAUACAUCCGAAUAUUAUCCUGAGCGGCCCUCACGUAAUAGGGACUUAAUCGAUACAGUAGUUGUUCAGGAUGUCGGUGAUUUUGUGUCAGUUUCAAGUCAUUCAGAAGUGAAAGAAGAAAGAAUAAUCUCCGAAGCAAUUAUUGAAAAAUCAGUUGUAAAAGGCAUAACUCAAAAUUACGAAAACCUCACGUCCUCAUCGAAGAAUGUACGAGAAAAUAAAGUGGAUUCAAGGACAAGAAUGCCAAAGGAACCUACUGCAGUUCCAAAAGAACAAUGCAUCUGCGAAAUUUGUACGUGCGGGUAAGUUUAAAUCAUAGUCAAUGAAAGAUUUUAAUUUUACUUUAUAAUAUAAAUUUAAUUUAAUAACAUCUAACUCAAAGUACCUACUUACAUUUUAUGAAUAGAAAAUGUUGUUUUAUAAAUAUCGAUAAAUAUAUUGACAUAAUAGUUACCUAAUAAAAUUAUUAUAUUGAAAAUAAACUGUAAUCUCGAUCAUAAAUACGUUAAAUGAUUUUUAAAUUUAAAAGUUGAUAAAUCUUAAAACGAUUACUGUUAAUUAAUGAAUAAUCUUACAAUUCAGUUAAACAUUUAAAAAUUACCAAUUCGAUAUACCUAUGUACAUAUUUUUUUAAAUAAUAAUAAAAUAAAUAAAUUCUUUAAAAUAUAAAAUAUAAAUUAUUAUUAUUAUUCAGUUAUGUUAAAAUUUACAUAUAUUUGGAUGUAUAGACACUCAACUUAGUUGAGAAAAAGACCAUAAAAUACCAUUUUAAAUUUUCAUUCUCACUAGGAUUAAAUGAUUCAUAUUUUGUCUAAAACUGAUAUUAUAUUAUGUCUGUCAGAUAUUAUGUUGUAUAUUAUGAAUUUACAAAUAAAAGUAUAAUUUCUAAUCUUUGAGUAGAAUAAAAUUAAAUUAAAUAGCGUAUUAGAUUGACAUCGAUAUUUAAAUGUAAAAAAAAAAAGUUAAUAAAUGUAUAGACUAUUAAUUGGAGUUAUUGUAAUUUUUUUCGAAAAUAAAUUAUUAUCAGAUAUUUACGUUCGUAUUGUUUAGUUGCAUCUUAAAAAUAUUCAACAUAAUGACAUUAUUGUCUAUUUCAAAUUAAAUACACAAUGUUGCACAUUUAUUAAAAUUUAAUCUCCUCGUGAUGGCGUAAUUUCAAAAUUAUUUCAUUGUAUUUCAUUGUACCAAUUAAUAUGUAUGUCACUGUAAUUAAAGCAUUUAAUAAAGAUACAUUGUGUCUGAACUAUAAUAGUUUCAUCAGUUUGCACUAUUUGUUUUAUGUUUGUAAUUUCUAACUUCAAACUUGAAGUUAACGUCAAGUUUCAUUCAUCAAUUAUCACAAAAGUAUGCUUUUUUUUAAAUUUAAAGUUAGAUAGUUAUCUAAUUUUUUAUUAAUUUGAACCUAAUUCCAUUAUAGUUUACGGUAGUUUUCGACUAUAAUAAUUAAUAUCAUUGUUUGAACUAUCAAAAUAUUUAUUAUUGUUGUUCUCAUUCUCGAGAAUUCGAUUAAUAUUGGUAACGACCGCAUGAUUCAUAAUAAGAAUUCAUUAUUUUUAGUUUCUUCGUAACGCCGCAGUAUAUUAAAGUUGUAGGUAUACCAACUUUUCAAAUGAAUGUAAACAUUCAACGAUUGAAUUUGACACGUCGAAUUCGCUUGUAAAAAAUAUGUUUUUGAUGAUAAAACAUAUUACUAUUAUUUUUUUUUUGAAAUUAAAUGUUUGAUUAUUAUGACGAAUAUAUUACUAUUAUUUUAAUUAAUUUUCAAGUACAAGAAAUUCCUUUUAAAUCGGUUUCAUAGUGAUCGUGAAUAAUAGUUUUAAAACAACCUCCUCAAUGUACUAACUAGACAAAAUUUGCUAUUAGAAGCCAGGAAAUCAAAUUUGAAGUUGAAUAUCGGAACAAGAUUUUUGGUAGUAAAGUUGUUCUCAGACAGAAAAGAAUCAGUAGGCUUUUUAUCACUAUAUGUGCGCUUUUCUUUUGUCCAAUACAUUUUCACUUUGAUUAGAAUUUAAAAAUAAAAAACACAAACUAUUUCCAUGGAGCCUAUAUAGGUUGUCGACAGUGUUAUCCUUAUGCUAAUAUUUAUAUCAAUACUCAUUUUUUUUCUCAUUCUGAUUUUGUACUUGGAGAGGGGACACAUAUGAAGAGAAAAGUUAAAGUUUUAUUUUCAUUCCUUAAUUAUUGAAAAAGUUAUUUAAUUAAAAUUGUAUAACUUUUCAAAAUGUAAUUCCUUAUCUUUUAUUGAAUAUUGAUUGUUUUCGUGUCUAUUUUCUAUACAUUAAAGCCACUAUAUUUAUAUGAAAAUAUUAAUCGCUUAUAAAAGUAUGUUAUAUUAAAAUUUUUAGAAUAAUAUCUUUUUAUAAAAUUACCAUUUUGGAAAUUUUAAAAAUUUUUUUCCACACAUAAGCAUCCUUAACACAAAACCAGAUUAAAAAAAAAAAAAAAUUAAAGAUAAAAAAAAUAUUGAGUUAUUAGCAUAAUGAUAACACAGUAGAAAACCCUGUAUACUUGAAUAUUUCAUGUUUUCGAGUUAACGUGACUAUCGAAGUAAUAAGCAAAAGUUUGAAUGGUCAAUGAGUUGUAUAAUAUAUAAUUGAAUACAGUUAAACUUCCGUUAACGGUUACCUUUAAAAGACGGUCACCUCUACGUAACGCUAAUUUUUUAUGGUCUCUCCAAAAGUUAAUACAUUAAUACUUCUAUAUAGCGAGCAUUCUAAAUAACGGUUAAAAUAUAAGUACUUUAUUGUAUCCAAAAAAGAAAUUUAAAAGUCAUGGUUUGCCCAAAUUAUUUAAAAAAAUGUAUACAGUUGUAAAUGGAUAUGUACUUUUGGUCUUAUCGAGCUUUUACGAUAACGCUAUGAAGUAGUAUUCUAAGUUUGUAUUUUUACCGCCAAAUACAUCAAACUGUCAAUGUAUCUAAACCAAUGAACAAUACAACAUGUUUUGAUUUUAAAUUGUACACAGUGAAUAACUCUUCGGUGUACAUGUCCUAAAUACAUUUUUUAGUAUGUACGUAUUAUUUUUGUGUAUUUGGUUUUUUNGGAUAUGUACUUUUGGUCUUAUCGAGCUUUUACGAUAACGCUAUGAAGUAGUAUUCUAAGUUUGUAUUUUUACCGCCAAAUACGUCAAACUGUCAAUGUAUCUAAACCAAUGAACACUACAACAUGUUUUGAUUUUAAAUUGUACACAGUGAAUAACUCUUCGGUGUUGUACAUGUCCUAAAUACAUUUUUUAGUAUGUACGUAUUAUUUUUGUGUAUUUGGUUUUUUUAAAACAUUUUUUGCACUGUAUAUCGGUAAUCUGGAAGUAUUACAUUUCUGUUAACGGUCAUCUCUAUAGGACGGUCACUUUUAAAUAGUAAUAAUCAUUUCCGGUCUCUUCGAUGACCGUUUUACAAAAGUUUUACUAUAUUUUAACAAUAUUUUAUUUAAAUCCGGUUUUGUUAGAAACUUUAUUAUUACCGUAUUCGAAUUUAAAUAUAAAUGAAGAAGGUUUGAAGUUUUUAUUUUUUUUAUGUUAAACUGCAGUUUGAAUAUAUUAUUAAUAUUAUUAUUAAUUUAUCGAUUUCCUGUCGUUUUUAUAUCGCGGACAUAUAUACAUACACACAUUUUCUUUUCAACCUAUUUUGUCAAUAUUAAACCUUUUUGUAGGUCGGUAUGGGGUAAUUAUUAAUAAUUAUAUGAUUUACGUAGUUAUCAANUUCAACCUAUUUUGUCAAUAUUAAACCUUUUUGUAGGUUUGUAUGGGGUAAUUAUUAAUAAUUAUAUGAUUUACGUAGUUAUCAAAAUUAACGUAAUACUUUAAAAAAAAGAGUAUUAAGUACGAAAAAUAUUUUUCAAACUUUUGCUACGCGUCCGAAACCUGAUAUAUGACUGUAUUACAAAAAAAAAUAUUACUGUCGAUUAUCAGGAAGGCUGCAGGAAAUAGGUACGCACUCUAUAAUAACGCAAGUGUCUACACUGUAUACUGUACCGACAAACCAACCUGGGUACGCUAAUUUUGUGUUUUUGUAUUAUUCGAAUUGUUAAUGAAUUUAUAAUCAUAUGUAUAGUGUAAUCAUGUACGGUAAUCACCCGAACUCGUUUGUUUUGUUCGUCACAGUUCUCUUCCGGUCGUCUUAUUCUUAUAAGGCUAGGUUAGGCUUUGCUACGAUGAUGACGAUAGAAAUAAUAAUAAUACACUUUUUCUCCGUGGUGUGGGCAAUAAACGACUGUAGUAUGGCGACAGAUUGUUUUCCAAACCGAGAUCGGAAUUAUAAAACCAAAAAAAAAAAAAACUAUUUUUGUUAGUGUUUUGUUUGGAUACGUAGUUUUUAUGACAAUUAACAAUUGCCAUAUGGGCGCGUCAGUGUUAAAAAAAAAAAUACAAAACCGUAUUCGGUAUACUUGUCUAUAUAAUAAUGGCAGCAUCGCAUGUAACCACAACGGUACAACGGCAACCAAAGUACACGAAAUUUACAUUCAUACGCUAUUACUAAAUCAAUAUGUAUAAAAUGAAAUUUACGUAAGGAUAUUAAGAAUUAUUUUAAAGUCUUUAACAAACCGUAUAGUUUCAUGACAACUGUAGGUCAUUGACAGUUUGGUAUUGGAUUUAUCGAAUUAAAAACAAGUUUACUUCUGAAUUUUAAUUUGUGUUUUUGACUUUUGUUCUUAUUAAUAAUAUUAACGUAUAUUUUUUUUGAAAGUCCUACCCCCCCUCCUUUCCAUGAAGAAAUCCUGCGCAAGGGUCUGUUGCUUAUUUCUUGCAAGAUAAUGUCGAAUCGAUAAGAUAUUAUAUUAUUAUGGUGCUCAUAUCAUCUGCGGUUUAGAUUAUUGUAUAAUUUGUGGUUAACCCUAGUGCAAGACUUAAAUUUUCGAAAGGCCGAAAUAAUAUUUUAUUGAAUUAAGCACACAUUGCUGAAAAUACCAACCACCACCUGGGCGGACAUAUUAAGAAACGAAAAAUAUUUAAUCGAAUCUUCCGUUUUCGGGUACGUAUAUAUUGUAAUGUAUAAAGUGUGUAAAUUAAUUAAUUGUUCGAUUAAAUUCGAUUGAAUUCUUAAAAAGACAUUAUAAUAAUAUUCGUGUAAACCUAAUAAUUCGAUGCAAUCAUUUGGAUUUCGAUAGAAUUCGGGAGUCCGUACGACGUGCAGUCUAAACGAGAUGGACCACGAGCAAUAUAUAAUUAAUAAUAAUAAUAUUAAAAAACAUUAUUUAAACGGAAAUGAAAUAUAAUAAUAUUUGAGAUAUGAUACGAUCAUAGACGGGAAUUAUUGAAAUAAUAAUAAUAAUAAUAAUAAAAAAAAAUUCAAAUUGAUCAAAUACAAAAAAAGCAAAAUUAAUAACGGUACCUGUGGCCUUGAUCUUUUGAGACGAGUGCCUAUACUUCCGAAACCCCGGUUGUACUUGUAAUGAGAUACAAACUAAUAUUUCAAUAAAAAAUACUGAAAAAAACGUUUAUAUACCUACUGCAUCAUAUUGUUAAAAAAUUAAAAAAUUAAAAUACAAAGCAAUCCAUUUAAAUGGGUACACUCAUUAUCUCGGAAAACAUUAAUUUUUUUCGAAAUUUGUUUUAUAGAACAUUUCAAUGAUCAAAAAACUUUUCAAAAUUUUCAAAAACAAGCAACUCUACAAUUUCACAUUUAUGUUAUUUUUUUCCUCCUUAUUUUUAGGAGUAAAAUUACUACCUACUUUUGAUUUUCAAAUAGUAACCUAUAUUAAAAAAACUAUAAGUAAAUGGAAUAAUAGUUAUAAUAAAUUUUGGUGUUGAAAUUGUUGAAUUCUGUCAACUCGUAGACGAAGUAUUCCAGUGUUAAGUUUUGGUUGGAAGAGAGUAGUGGAACAUAAUUUGUAUUGCAGCACGGCGCGUGGCAUAUUAAUAAAGCACCACUACUCCGUUUACCCAAACUUAAAAAUAUAAUAUUUCGUCAACGGGUUGAUAGAAAUCAACAAUUUCAACACCAUAAUUUAUUUUAACUAUUAUUCCAUCUACUAAUGGAUUUUUUAAUAUAGGUUGCUAUUUGAAAAUCAAAACUGGGUAGUGGUUUUAACACGAAAAAUAAGGGUGACAAAAAAUAACAUAAAUGUAAAACAAUAGAGUUGCUUUUUUCUUAAAUGUUCUAUACAACAAAUUCCGAAAAAACGUAAUAUUUUGAUUGUACCCACUUAAAUAGAUCACUGCAGAUACGAAAAAAGACAAAUCGCUGUAUAACUAAUACGCUCGCUCAGAAUCUAAAAUACUAUUUAUAUACAUGUAAAUCGUGUACCUAUAACAAUAUUCGAUAUGCAAAUUGUAUACGUUUCAUAUAUCUAGUAUACUUAAACUAAUAAAUUUGUUACAAAAAUAAUAAUAUUAUCGUGAUACGAGACGUGUCACCGGGUUAGGUUGGGUUAGGUUAAGUUUGUGUUACGACACUACCAUAUUAUCGCGAUUCGCGACGAGUCUAUCGACCGUUGUUGCGAAUGUACUCGGAUGGUUGACCGCCACCGGGUAAGUACAAACCCCUCCUCUUCCCAGCCAUCAUAAUAUAAUAUAUAAACCUACUGAAAUCGCAUGAAGACGUAAUUUUCUGGUUCUAAUAACCUCGGGUCUAGUAUAAAAGCUAUAAUAUAGUAUAUAAAAAAAUAAAAAUUAAAAAAUAUUGAUUACCGACGAGAUGAACAUUCGUAUACCUAGGUAUAUAAAUAUAUAUAUGUAUUUGUUAUAACGAUAAGAAAGUGGGAAAAGGUACCUGCGUAUAAUAUAGCUGACAAAUAAUAAUAAAAAAACAUUAAAAAAAUUCUUAUUUUCCUGUUUGAAUGUAACUCAGUAAAAAAAUAAACUGCACAUAUUUUUAUAUAUAAUAACGACUGGAUAUACUUACGAAUUUUUAAUUUUGUCGGCAAUACUAUCUUCAAAACACAGUAUUGAAUAAUUUAUACUCAAUUAAGAGACCGUUUCAGUUACACCUGGCAGUAAAGCUUGCUAUAGAAAGUUUUAAUUUAUCAAGGACAACUCUAUGUUGUUAGUUUUAGUAUUAGAGAAACUUGAUCUAUUGGCAUUAUAAAACUUAGAGAUAAGAACAUUAUCUGUGUCGUGUCGUCGUUUUUUUUGAUAUUUCACACACUCAUAUCGUGCUUAAAAAUUGAAAUCACGAAAAAAACCAACAACACGACUCAGAUAAAUGUUCUUACUUUUAAGUUUCAUAAUAGGUCAAUUCAUUCUAAUAUUACAACUAACAGCACAGAGAUAUCCCUGCUGAACGGAAAUUCACUGUUUCGCAGUUGUAAGAUGAAGACAGCGCAUGCGAGAAUAACGUCCUCUUAAUAUAGCCAUCGAAUAAAAUAUACAAAAUAAACAAUGUACAAAAAACUCAAAAAUGUAAAAUAUAUAAACCAACUCAAUUGUCGUAAAAAAAAAUUUGAAAAUUUCACCACACCUGGAACAGGCCAGUAUAAGUAUUCUAUGAAAAUUUACGGUCUAUACAAUUAUUUUUAACUGAAUUAUAACAACAACAACAAAAAAAAAUGAAGCAGUUAUUUCUGUAAAAUUUUCCGUUUUUCUACGUUUUUAUCAGUUAAUAAGUACAGAGAAAAUCAAAAAACGGUCUUCUAAUGCACCAAUGGGAUCUAAAAUUCUAUAAAAAAUUUCCUCUUGACGUUUUUUUUAUUUGAAUGCGAUCUUUCGUUGAAAAGUUGGUCACAGAUAUAGAAAAAAAAAAUACAAUUAUAUAAAGUCUAAAAAAUAUAGCCUGGUAUAGGUACUUACGGUCAACCGUGUAUACCUAUACAAUAUAAGUUGUGUUCAUAUUUACGACAGGUUUCUAAAAUUAUCAAUAGGCAGAUAUAAAACACGUCUGAAUAUUAUAAAAACAGUUUAACAGAAUGGCCAAAUUUAAAUUUUUUUGUUCUGUUUUUUUUUUAAAUAUUCAGUCGCGUUUUAUUUUUUGGAUUUACAAUUAUCUGUGUAUUGUGUAGUUGCAUGCCGAUAAUAUCGAAACCGGUCGUAUAACUAUAAAUCUAAUUGGUAACUGCAUUUGAGUUAUUUUGGAAUUAAUAGAUUGAAACCGAUUUUUCAUCGAUUUAACCUGUUGAAAACCCGAUUUUUUUUUUAACGUUUCUUCGUACACCGGAGACAUUAUAUUAUACAGACGUUCUUCUCCGGAAAUAUCGGUUUAAAAAAAAAACAAAAAAACCAUCGAUAUCCAAUUUUUCGAUAUCUUCAAUACCGUCCGAUAUUCAUACCACUGUACUUAUAAUAUUAUACUCCACAGCUGAAUACAGUUUUCUCGCACUUUUUUUAAUUAUAUUAUUUAUUCAUGUCUGUAUAAUAUACAUUUACCGGCUAUAUAAUUUAUAUUAUUUUAUCAGUGCGUUAACCUCACUAAAUAAAUUUUUACAUUCUGAGCGGAGUGAGAUAAUUGGUUUCGUCCCGUUCCCACCAUUCUGUAUUUCUGUCUGUCUAACAUCACGGUUUCGACGAGAAAACUUUUUCCGAUCGACAACUUAAUCGGUGAGCACUUUUUCGCAUAGCAUUUUUAAUUUGGUCGGCGAAUUUGAGCUACAAUAAAGAUAGUUUUUUUUUUUUUGAAAUUCCUAUUAUUUUUUCUGUUUUUUUUCCAAAAAUAUAGCUAAUAUCGUAUUGACGUUGUGAUAAUUUUUCGUUUUGAAAACGGAUUCGUUUUGUUCUUGUUUUUCGAAACGUUAAAUACGAUAGGUAAUAUUUUCACCGCGUAUUAUUAUUAUUUAUUAUAUUGGAAAUAGUCCAUUUUCGAUUGAUUAUAGCGGUACGUCAUCAUCGCCGGCACACGUAGACUCCGAAUAAUAGUUCCUUUUAUGGUUCGCAUAAUUGACUCGUGCGAGGUCAACCCUUUCUGCUGGGUGUUAGACAUACAGGUUUAUUACGCACACUCGUUUUUUUUUUUCUUUGCUAUUGUCGUUCCCACUUUUACGUGAGCGCAACGGCGGACGCGAUGUCGACGAUUGCGCCGUAGGUUGGUAUAGUAAUCCGACUGCUUUCUACAAACGUAGGUUUUUUUUUUUUUUUUUAUUAUUAUUAUUAUUAUUAUUAUUAUUAUUAUUUUUUUUAUCACCGAUAAAAGAAUAUCGUUCAAUAUUACGCGUUGAAUAAUAUAUAAUUCGGGCGGUCGAACAAUAUUUCGUAUGGCGACAAAACUUUGUAGGCGCCAAAAGACACGGCCGUUGGGCGUAUAGCACUAUGCACGGUGGUUAUAGCUGAUAAUGAUAAUAAUAACAAUAAUACGGGCGCAUAAAGGGUACCUACCUUGUAUUAUACUUUCUCGCGCCGCCGUCGCGCGUUCUCCUUACGAAAUAUCGCUCGUUUCCGUUGGCCGGCCUUUAAGGCUCCGACCGCACACGGUAUUAUAAUAUCGUUUUCUAUACAAUCGGCUUUCGCCGUGUAGGUAUCAUCAUUUAUUGUGUACAGCGAUAUUCCUACACGGUAUUAGAGAUUUCCUGUUGCAAACGACAUUUUUAUUUAUAACGGUAUACCUAUAUGGCGUAUGACACGGUGGUGCAGUAAUUGCGUGCGUGGGCUUUAUAAUGACGGUGACGGAUGAUGCGCAGCGCUGCGCUGGACGAUCCGACAUUUAUCGCGGCGCGAAGGCCCAUCGUUCGGAAACGUCACUUAAAAAAAAGAAAAAAAAAAAGUCGCCACCUCCGUUCGAACGAUAUCGCUGUAAUUGGGGCUUUUUAAAUUCUUUUUUUUUUUUUCUUUAAUAGUUCGGUACCCGUAUGUAAUCAAAAUAAUAACGACGUCCGUACGCAUUAAUUUCGCCUUAGCGGGGGUUAUUUCCGUUUUCACAAUAUAUUAUUUACAAUUUUUUUUUCAUCUCGUUUAAAACGAACAAUAAUCGUAAUGACGACGUAGUGUCAACGAUACUAUUCCCACUCAUUUUUUUUUUCGCCGAGUGUUCAAAUAUUAUACCAUGUAUUAUGGGACAUCACACAAUAUAUAUAUAUAUAUAUUAUAUAGAAUCGGUUGUUGUAAUGUUCCCAUUUAUAUACGUUUGAAAGCGCAGGCGACCGCAAGUAUAUUUUUAAAACGUUUUAUAAUUUUUUCAAUUUCCAAAGCCAACAAUAGUCAGUAUUGUAAAGUAUUUGAGUAUUGGCGUUUAAAUAUUUUUUCAAGUAUUAAAUACUUACCUUCAAAUAUUUUUUCUGACUUAAAUUUAAAUUAAUUUUGAAUUGCCGUUAAAAUAUACGAUAAUGUCCAAAAUCGUAGUAUAAGUAGGUACCCUGUCGACAGUUCACGACACUAUUAAAUCAACACAAUAUUUUAAAAUAAAACAUUUGUAUUAGUAGUCAAAGAUAUAGAUCAUAAAUAUUUAUGUUAUUUUAUCUAGCUUACUCAGAAGAAUAUCCUCUGGUUAAUCAGAUAUUAUGUUAACCUAGCAGUGAAUGUGUUUUGGAUUUUUGAUAAUUUUUUAAUCAUUUAAAUUUAGUUGAUAAAAUUCUAAACGAAGCUCUACUUAUAUUUUAGAUUUAAAAAAAAAAAAAUCUGUAUCGCUAUUUGGGUAACUAUAUUGUUAUCAUUAAUGUAGUUAAGUAAUUGGAAAAAAAAAUAGUAUUUAAAAUUGUACUCAAAUACAAUUUUAGAAGAGUAUUUUAAAUAAUACUAAAAUAUUUUUUAAAAGUAUUCUUUACAAACACUAACAAUAGUUAACGUUUUCGAUUUUCGAUUUUAAAUAUAUCCGAGCGUAUGUGUAGAAAAACGGUCGUGUAGAAGAAACAAAACUCACCUACCCGGAGGCUAAUAAAUAUAAUAACAUAAAAUAUGUGCGCGAAGCAAGAGAUAUUUCACAUACGAUUGUAGGAGAGGAAAACGGCGGGGGGCGACAAAUAAUUAUGCCGUAUUCUAUUUUGUUAGGUCGUGCGCGCGCGUCAUCGAUUUGACGGAUUAUAAUAUUUUCGUUUCUUUGUGGCUCGUGAAUAUUUCAGAAAAACUAAUUAGUUAACAUAUUAUAACGGCAUACUGCGAAAUUUCGUGUACAUUAUGUAUUUGAGCGUAGCAUGCGAAAAUCGAAUUAUAAUAAUAAUAUUCUGUUUACGGUAUAAAUACAAUUUGUUUUUUUUAACGUUGAGUUCUCAUCGGUAAAAAAAAAAAACACCUACAUUAAAAAAAUGUCAUUUAGGUUUUAUUGCGCGAUCUACACUACAUGAUCGAUUUACGAAAAUUAAUAUUAACUGUCGGGCAAUAAGUAUCCAUUAUUAUUUGGAUACAAACACCCAGCGACCCGAAUCGAUAUUAGUUCUACGACCACCCGCAUAUGCCGUUUAUAUAAGAUUUGUACGCAGUUUUUUUUUUUCUCUUAUUUAUUCGACAUCGGAAUGGCCGAUAUUUAUUUCAUAUUUGUUCGGUGUUUCGAAAUAAGAUCGGUAAAAUAACUACGGGUGUACACGAUGUGUUUUUUGUCACGUAUAUUGCAGUAUUGUCGUCGUUUGAAUUCGACAAUAAUCGAUGAUAUUAUACCUACUCGGGUUUUUUUUUGACAUUUUUUCGAAUUCAGUCACGUACUUCUAUGUUAUUUUACACACUCCGAAACAGCGAAAAAACCGUUUAAACUCACAGCGCCGUAAGCACGUGCGCUCUAAUCAUUCAUUGUAAAAUAAUUUCAAUUAUGUCCGCCGUCUGCACGGGACGACUGAACGCAUUAUUAUUAUUAACGUACAAAUCGUCACGUCCGCGCAGGCGAUCGCGUAAAAUUAGUCUGCUGGCAGUGCUGGUCGAGUGACAGCGGUUUCGCACUGCAUAAACAACGUCUGUGGUCGUACAAUUUUGUUCGGUCGCUAAAAUUAAAAAUACGCGUGUCAUAGACGACACCUUUGCAGGCGGUAACACUGCCACAUUCAGUACAGACUAACAGAAAUACGAAAAUGGCUAGAAAUUAAUAGAAAUUUGGUCCUAAUACAGCGUCGGCCCGGCCAUGGCCGCGGCCCCCCAAUCGUGUUUGUGUCCGAGGCGCCUUAGGCCCCGCCGACACGUUCGUAUUCAUUUAACUGUUCACUGUCCUCUGUUCACGAAUCAAACAAUAUACAUAGUAUUGUUUAAACUUUAGUUGACUAUUGUAGACUGUAGUGAAAUAAUAAAAUGUAUAGUAUUUUUAAUUGUUUAUUAUUAAUAAUUGUAAGUUUAUGUACGAAAUACUGACAGUAAAAAUAUCACUAAAAAUUGCUUUUAUGAAUAUAACAUAUAUAAAUUUGUUAUAUUAUAUUAUAUUAUAUUAUAUAGUAGGUUAUUUGUAUAUGCCUACUCACGUCGUUGCGAAAUCGGAUAUUAUUUUUAGAAUUAUUAUUGACCGAGAACUGCAAUAAUUCAUCGAGUAGUAUUUUCGCUUUUGUAUUUUUCAUCUAUGCGGCCUUUAAAAAAAAAAAUGCUCCUGUGCCUUGGAAUCUUGCAGCCUUUGAUGUACCAGGCCACUGGUUCUGAAUUAAAUUACUGUAAAUAACAAAAUAGUACCUAUAAUAAAUUUUGAUUUUGAUUUUUCUGUAGUUAUGUUUAUUAAAUUUGUUAAAACUAUAAAUAUACUUAAAAAAUAUUCGAAAAUGUUUAAUCUGCACUCUCUUUUACUUCUUAGAAACUAAAAAUAUCUAUCUAAUUUUUUUUAAAUUGUCUUAAUAGUAGGUACCAGUGGCGUAGCUAGGAUGAUAUGAAUAUUUAUUAAAAAUAUCAAGAAAAUAAUCAUAACUAUAAUAUAUUACUAUAUCACACAAUUUGAUUAAAAUUUAACAUUAACAAUAAACAAAAUAAUAAACAUUAUAGUUUUACACUUGAUAUUUUGCAUUGUAUACUGUGUGUAACAAGUUAUUGCAAAAAAGAAUAAAUAGGUUCGGGACUUUUAGACUUCUUUGGGGGUUUAUACAUCAUUCAUGUCUCCACUCUUGAGAACGCCAUCGGCAGGUAUAAAAAUUGUUCGCCUCCAACUACUUCAAUUCGUAUGUUUAAUUAGCGAUAUUCCUUCCCCCCCCCAAAAAAAAUAACAAUCGUGCUUUUAUACAUUUCACUAAAAAUAAUAAUAUAUUAUAAUACACACAAAAUUAACGUACACAAUUUUCACGCCCUAGACCCAAUUGAGCUGAUCUCGAGACAAACAACGAUCUCGAGAUAAUAACGUUAGGCUCUUCUAUAGAAACUUCACCGGAUUAUAAUAAUAUGUGGUUUUUAUCUAUUACGACAUCGAUAGUGCAUUAUACCUGCACACUAUAUUAUAAUGGUUUACUUUUUAUUAGGCUGUUCUAAUUAUUCGUCAAAGCAUUUUUUUUUCUUUGUAACGACUCAAAUAAUAUAAUGUUUUAUAUAAUAGUGUAAUAUACAGAUCAUAAGGUUACUAUAACAUAAUGUCCACGGUGAUGUGCCCUUGAUACGUAUAGAUGACUGCGGCAUUCACCGGUCACGGAUAGUUAAUUUUUAAAAUCAAAAUAAUAUAUUACACUAUUAUAUGUAGAUAUACAUUGUAAUGAUAUUGUGUACACUUAACUUAUGAAAUAGCAACAGGCCAAUUCAUUAAAAAAAAAAAAAAACCUGUUACAAUUUAUUUAAACUUUUUUGUACCUAUAUAAAACUAAAUCUUAUACUUGGUCAUAAAUAAUAUUAUGUUUGUUAUCGGUGUAAAAUAUUGAAAAAAAUAAUAUAAAUUUUUAGGUAACACUGCCAGCGAUUCAUCGUGUAAACGUAUAGGUAAAAUCUUAUUAUAUAUGUCAACGUUCCCGGUGAUUUAUGUAGACGUGUAUUCAAUGAAACGGUUAAUUAUUAUUCGUAUACUUUUUAUGGCUUAGAAGACGAACGUUUGUGUAUUAUCGAUUUACAAUGAAACAAGAACGUAUAAUAUGUACAGUACUAUAGUGUCACCAUAACCAGUGGCGUAACCGGAGAAUCUAAGGGAGCUUCAGAAGUAAAAAUACGAUUAAGAACGGUCAUUAUCGUUGAUAACUUUAUUAGACCCUUUUGACUAUUACAAUUAAGAACGCUCGGUGUGUAUAAUUCCUCGCAACGUUGCCGAAUAUGUAAUAAUUUGGAAACUCAACCAUUAAGUAAUCAAAAAUAUAUAUAGUUCGACUUGAUAUAUUUCUUGUAUCGUAAUCGAGUUUAAUGAUUACCUAUUGUUGUUUGAGAUGGCAUAUUACUGAAUCCAUCAAUAAUGAUAAUAAUCUAUAUAAAUGCAACGGUAACGAAUUGUUCGCAACGAAAAAUCUAAAUAAUAUACGCAUUAGUGCAUUACUCAGUACGUGUUUUCCCGUAUUAUGCGUUUUUUGUGAGAAAUAUUUUACGUUUAUACUUAAAUACAAUGGAAAACAACUAAGACUUAUAUCUUCUGAACGUGGUGGAAAUUUAAUAGAUUUAAACUUCCACAAAUACCGUUUUAUCAGAAAUUGUGCAUACGUUUUUCAUAAUUUAUUUAUGAGUUUUGACUUGAAUAUAGUUCGGCAACCUUGCACAUAAUUUCGUUCUCAAUAGUAGAUACUGUUUUUUUGGGUAAGCGGCUAUUUCAUUUCGAACGUCCUCAAUCGUAUUGUAGCCCCUUCAUACCCCAAAGGUCGUAAUAUAAUAAUAUAUAAAUCAAUAUUUAGUAUUAAACAAUUUCGACAACUAAAGUAAUAAUAAUCGUUACACAUUUGCACUAAUUGUAAAGUACAAAUAAUAUUAUGUCGUACUAACAUAAUUAUGAAUUUCGCAAGACAUUUUUUUUUUUUUUCUCAUUCGAAGUUAUAUAGUUUAGUCUUUCUCAUUGAAGAAUCUCGGGCGCGCCACCGGCCGUACACACGACUAAACGAAUCGUGUACACCUAUAGUCAUAAAAAAUUCACAAAACAAACUUAAUAUGCUUAUAAAUAAAAAGUAUGUCAGCGCGAACAACACCGUAUGCUCAGUUAUUUGAUUCCUUAACAUUCUUUUAAUAAUUUAUUACAGUUAGCCGAAGUUACGAUUAAUGCCAAUUCCGUGAAGUUCAUGAUAUUAUACGUAGAUAAGAAAUUUAUUAUUCCCCGUCCGUUUGCUGGUGUAUUCUACUAGAUUAUAAUAAUAUAUAAAUGCAACUACGCAGCCGUGCCGGUAUAGGUAUAGGUAGAUAGGUAGGCGUACAAUAUUAUGCACAAGAGAGCAAACCAGCAUUAGACUCGACUGUUUUUUUUUUAUUUCUCAUAUUUUAUAAUAAUUACGAAUUGUUUUGCGUACCGAAUAUAAUAUUAUUAUUGUAUACACUCGGAAACAAACAAUAGACAAUAAAAGAGAAAAUACUCUACACAAUUCUCGUACGAAUAGACGCAGUUUUAUUUUUCGUUUUUGUCAUAUUAUAAAAAAACAAAAAUUCGAUUACAUUUCCCUAUAGUAGUAUACUGUAUCAUAAUAUUAUGGUAUUAUGGUUAUUAUAACAACCCGAUCAAAACACAUUAUUGUAUAAUAUAGUCGCGUAGUUCAAACUAAUAAGUACAUUAUUAUUACGUCCUAUGUGCAUUGUACAUAUUAUAUUGAAAAAAAAAAACAAAAAAAAAAAAAAAAAAAAAAAAAAAAAAACAAAUUAUUAAUACAAGUGAAAAACGCAUAUGGUAAUGAAAAAUUAUAAUAAUUAUAAUGUUGUAGAAAGUCGGUACAGGUAAUUUGUUUAACAAACAUUUAUCUGUCCGCUAUAUAGUAUUAUAGAGUUUCGGAAUGUCAUUGUUUGAUUAAUCGUUUGUUCAACGUACCUAUCACGAGUAUCACGUCACUGUAUAUAUGAUAUAGAAUUCCGUAAAGAAAAAAAAAAACGAGUCCGUAUAUAACAGUCAUUCUUCAAAUUUAACGAUACACGUUUCGCGUAGAAAAAGUUUUUUUUUUCUAUUCUUUACACGACCGUUAUUUCCCGAUGUUGGUAAAUUGAUAAGUGUCGUUAUUUUAUUUGUAAGUAUAGGCAUCAUACUGCGGAAGUACACGACGACGACGACGACGUAGCCGUGCAACUGUGAUCGUCGUCCCUUUCACCUCAUCGACAGUGUUAUUAUUAUAGUCUGAGAUGGUAAACUGUUAUUUUUUAUUUAUACCAAUUAUUAUGUACCUAUGCACUAUUCGAUCAUUUUUACCCGCCACUAGAAUUGCAUACUAUAAGCAGUUACCUAUCGGAAUACUCGUAACAAGUGGUUGUCUAUUAUGUAAUUGUAUAACGCGCGUGAUUCGAGUACCUAUCUAUUCGUAAUGUAUUUAAACAGUAUUUUAAAUGGCCACGAUUUCGAGAGUCACGUUUAAAUGAAUUCAAAAUCAUCACAAUAAAUGAUAAUAAUAAUAAUAAGUGUAUACACAUUCGGACCGAAAACCGAAAACCGAAAAGAAUAACAUUGCCAAAUACGAAUAAAAGAUUGCGCGAUUUAUAAUAACGGCGAUAUCCGUUUUCAUUCGCGUGUGAAAUUAUUAUGGAAGGAGAGGGGAGAAUUAUAAAUAUUAUGUUUUCAAAUAUUAUAUUAUCUUGAACUAUACAAUUAAUACAUUAUUAUAUUAUUGUUCGCUUUUUAUUAUUUUUUAUUUUUUUGUUUUCUAAUAAUACUUUUUAGGUAAUACUGUAACAGAGCUAUUAUUUAUUUUAUCCCUAAUAAAUGUCGGCUGACGUUCGGUAUACUAUCUAUACUAUUUGUCCAUUCAUAUUAUUUUAAAUGCAAUUUAUGAACUUUUGACAAUGCCGAUAAGACGCAAUGAUGGAUAGUGGAUACGAUUGUAUUAUACCUAUCACUUCAGUGAACGUUGCGAUUUCUAUCCGGUUGUGUUCGGUGUUGGUGUGAUAUUUUUCUUUGUGCGUAAAACCUAUGCUGUCGACAAUCGACGAUAUUAUUUUAUUUACCCGAUUGAUCUGCAGUAGCCAUUACUCAAACUAUAUAGAAGGCCAGAAGUGAUGUUUUUUUAGUGAAAAAUAUCGUUGUAAAUUAAAGUAAAAUUAUGUAAAUAAUGGACAACUCAUUGAGCCACGGUAGCAAUCAGUUGGCUAUAAUUUACCAUUUGAUCGAUUUUGGAAUGAUUUUAAAUCUACUUGCUGAUUUUGCGUAAGUUUUAAUAUUUAUAAUGUAAAAUGCGUAAAUACCAUAAAUGUAUAUUACAUUAAUAUCGGUAAAUCGCGUAGAUAUCCGUCCGACCGGCUGCAGCAUUUUCGAUAAGCAUCUAUUUUUUAUACGAUAGGUACUUCAAUUUCAAAAUUGCGUACUUUUGUUUUGUCAUUUUUAAGCAUACAACCGUCAUAAUAUAAUAUAGUUGAUCAUUAUAUUAUUAUACACCUAUAGGUAAGUUAAGGUGACGUUAACCGCUAAAUAAUAACAUUACAUUUUUACAGCUGCAGUUAUAACAUAAACACAAUCAUCUCUGGCAAGGUCUAGAACGUGUCGGCGCGAUUAUGCUCGAGAAUAAAAAUAUUAAAAUGACUUUUUUAGCCUUAGAAACGUGUGGCUAUUGUUGUAUAUACCAAGGCUAAACUAAUAAUGUUUUAUGUUACCCGCCUCGCCCACGAUGUUAAUAUAUAUUUAUUUUCAGAAACCAACGAGUGUAGGCGAGUUUAGGCAUUGUAAGCAUUAAUCACAUGUAAAAACAUUGAUAUUUUCAACGGUUAUUCGCAAUCAUAUUUUUAGAAAUCCUAUUUAAAUAAUAAGAAAAACAAUAUUGCUUUAAAAAUUAAUAAUUAGUUAUCUAUUUUACAUUACAAAAUUGAACAAGUGAUUGUGGAAAAAUAAUUUGUGAUAGAGCUAAUAGUUUUCAUAGAUAAAUUCAGCGUCAAAUAGAAUUCUAGAGUCUCGAGGACUGUUCGUGUCAUACGACCCAAAUCAGUAGAGCUAAAGAUUUAGAGGGUAUUACUGAAGAAAUUACGGAAAUGUAUGUUGCUAAUUAAAUAUACCUUUGUCAUGAUCUUCCUAAAAAUAAAUUUCUAUAUUUAAUAUAUAUCUUAUUGUGCAAGAUGUCGCGUAAAAUAAAAAUAAAAUACAAAUGUGACCGGAACUUGCAAAAUAAAUGAGCUAAAAAAUAUGAAGUCAAUCAUUAUCCGUAAUUUAUAAAAGACAUAGACGAAGAUUUAGAGUACCAUAGUACCCCGGGGCGUGGCUCUAACAAAAAUUAAGAUAAUUGAAGUUUUCUUAUUUUCCGUUUUUGGUAUUCCAGCUAGCCAGUUCGUCGCUACUUUCAUUUUCUUUUUGUAAUCCGUGCUAUUUUUGUUUUGAAUAAAAGUACAAUGCAUUAGAAACCUAGCUUAUAUGGUUAUUUGAUUUGUUCAAUUCGUUACAUAAGUAUACGGUGCCCAUUUUUCUUGAAAUUCAACUUCCCAGUUUAACCUGAAUAUGUGUCUAUAUCUAUAACUAUAAAAGAUUUAUGGAAUAAUAAGACUUUUCCUACCUACUUCGUAAGCAAUCAUCGUAUUAUGCCAGUAAAAUUACCAAGUGAGCAGCCGUAAAAACUUGACGGUUUUUCUAGUAUUAUUCAUUUCAAUUUCGAAUGAAAAUUUACUAUAUUAUUAUUAGGUUCUUAUAAUAUUUAGGCGUUCACAUAUUUAUAAUUCAUUUUUAGUGGUUGUAGGUUUCCAAUUGAAUAUAUUAGUUAAUGACGAAAAUAGUUGCCUAAUACCAUUAUGGUAGUAUUUUAUACAUACUAUAUUAAGAAAAAGAAAACAAAAUGAUAAAUAUAAGUGUUGCGUUUUUUUUUUCUUUCGCCGCACACAAUAAUUUCAAUGACUCAUAUAUUUGUUAAAAUCAGUUUUAUGGUCUUCGUACAUUACUCGAUUAUACAGUUGCUGAUUAUUGUUUCAAGAUAAAUACUAAAAAUAGGUACUAAUAUGGUCGAUAUUUAGGUUAAAAAAAAAAAUGUUUACUCCUAUCUAAGUAUCUAAUACGAAAAUAAGUUAUUACAUCGUAAAGUUUGUACAUGGGUGCUUUAUACUAUAUGAGUACGCUGGUACAGUGACUAGAUAUUUAAUAUUUAAUUUGUAUUAUUGAUGGCACGUUGAACAAAAUAGAUUGGCCAUCACUAGUACACAAUUUGUAUUAUUUUUUCUGUGUUUGAUCAAAUAAUUUGUUAAAUAUUUUGAAUUUAUACCAAGAACCAAACGUUUCAUAUAUUGUCCAGAUGCAUUUUUCAUAAUGUACCAGUAACGUAGCCAUAGAAUAUACACAUAUUUCAAUUUGUAUGCGAAAAGAAAAAUUGAUUUCCGAAUAUUAUGAACAAAUUUUAUAGAUUUGGAGAGUAGCGAGGAAUGUAUUGGUUUUACAAUACAAUGGCCCCUGCAGGUCAUAGUAUCCGGUAUGAAUGCACCUCUUGCACCUCCCUAGGCACGGCCCUUGGUUAGUAUAUAACUUAGUAUAUAAUUUUAUACAUAUAUUUUUCGUGAAAAAAAUGACAUUCUGUUUUACACAUUUUGUAGAUUGAUGAUAUGUUUUAAAUACAAUACAUAUCACAAAACAAAAUAUUAGAUACUUAAUACAAUUUAAGUUAAUAAUGAAUAAGAUAUUGUUAAUUAAAACAAAUUUCUUCUUAAAUCUUACCCACAAGUAAUACUAAUGGUAAAUAUGAAUAUCGAUCAAUUUUGACGAUUUAUGCAUUUAAAUACAAAAUUUUAAAACAGCAUUGCUUUUUGAUUAAUAUAAUGUCUAAAAAAUUGAUUGUAUUUUUUUAUGCUUACUUUUCCAUUCAAUAGUUUUUAUUGUACAUUGUACAUUAUCUUGAUACUAAAAAACUUUUAACAAUAUAAUAGGUAGGUGUUCGACUGUAUCGCGUACAAUUGGUACAAGUGGUUCAGUGUCCUAUUGAUUAAUUUGAAUGCAAAUCCCUGAACAUAUUGUUCCAAUUUACAAACGUAUUUCUAGAUAUGCUUGUGUAGGUUGCAAUACGCACAAAACUGAAAACACAUAAUUAAUACAUUGAGUUAGGUGAUAUGAUUUUUAUUCAAUAUAAAAAACUUAAAUGUAUAUUUAAUGUACAAAAUAAUUAUUUAUUUAACAAUUUUUUUUUUUUUUAAAUGUAUAGCCGCCACCGAUGUUCACAUACACCUGGUUUAGACGGGCCUCCACUCGAUUUGGAACCUACAUCCGUGCCAAAACUAUCGAGGACUAAAGAAGAAUACCAACCAAUACCAUUUGAUCGCGUCGAAAGGCCUACUUUGCAUAGACUUAACACUGAAUUAACUCUAAACGAAGGAAAAAUUGAAGCUACUACGGCUUACAGAUCUGAGUUUGAAGAAAAACAUGCCGAACGUCAAGUCCGGUAAAAAUAAUUUUAAAUAUAUUUUUGGAUAAUAUAUAUUGUUAAAAUCAUAAUUAAGAAUAAUUUGUUAUAUAAUUCAUUGAUAGAUACACAAUGGUCGAUCAACUUCAUCUUGAAGGUGAUUAUGUUCCUCAGAGAAAACAAGAGUAUGCAGGCCUCCCGGGCGAUCGCUAUUUGCCACGUAAGCCACAAGAUAACUUAAAACCAGAAGGUGAUUUUGAAAGACCGAUUCGCGAAAAAGUAACACCAGCAGAACGACAAAAACCGAUAAAGCCAAGUGAUAACUUAAAACCUGAAGGAGAUUUUGAUAGACCAACACCAUCAAGAUACGGACCUGGAGAUAGAGCACCAAUAGUAAAACAUUUAGACAAUUUAAAACCAGAAGGGGAAUUUGAAAGGCCGAUUAAAUCGAAAAUAGAACCAGGUGAACGUCCAAAGCCAUUCAAGCCAAGUGAUAACUUAAAGCCAGAAGGUGAUUUUGAGAGGCCAACUCCCACAAAAGUACAACCUGCAGACCGUCAAAAACCAAUAAGACCAAAAGAUAAUUUAUGGCCAGAAGGUGAAUUUGAUAGACCUGAACAUACCCAGUAUGGACCAGGUGAUCGUGCACAAAUAGUCAAGCACCCAGAUAACCUUAAACCAGAAGGAGACUUUGACCGACCGAAACCGAGUAAAUAUGCACCAGGUGAUCGUGCGCCAAUUGUAAAGCAUCCAGACAAUUUAAAACCCGAGGGAGAUUUUGAAAGACCAGAUCAGCCCCAAGCACCGAAAAGAGGAGAAAGAGCAUCAAUUAAGAAACCAGACGACAAUUUACGACCCGAAGGAGAAUUUUAUGGAGAAAGAACAAUAACUAAAGUUUUGAAAGGAGAAAGGGCUGAAAUUCGAAAACACGAAGACCAACUAGUUAUUGGUGGAGAAUUUACAGGUAAAUAAAUAGAUUUUUAUAUUUUACAAUACAUAUACAGAUUAUUAGAAUUAAAAAAAAAAGUAUAAAAUUCGAUAAAGUAAAUACUAGAAAUCGAACAUUAAGCUAAACACAUAUUUUGUAAUAUUGGCAAGUAAUUAUUAAUAUUAAAAAAUAAGAUUAGAUGAAUCAUUAAAAUGGUAUAUUUAUUAUUGCUAGGAAAUAAUAUUUUACUUAUUUAUCUAAGAUUAUUUAACUAAUUUAAUGUAAAAUUGUUUAUUAUAAUUUAAUCAUAAAUUAAAAAUUUUAAUGGAUAGUCAAUACAUAAUAUAUAGAUUUCAAAUGAAAAAAUUAUACUUAACGUUGACAAUACAUUUUAUAAAAAAAAAAUGUUAGUGAUGAUUUCUGAUGUUUUGUACGUUAUCACCUUCGGACAUGAUAGUGAUUGUUAUCAUACUUAGGCCAUUGUUGUAGAUGGGAAGUUGGGAAGAUAUGAUAAAUAGAGUAAAUAAUGAAUGAAACUCUACUCUAUAUACUGUAAUCACCGUAAACAAAAAAACGAAUCUGAGCCGAGAUCGGUUAAACAUACUUGUGAAAAUAAAAUUGAAAAUUUUAUUAUAAUAUGUAGUAUCUACGAAAUAAAUUCUAAUAGUUCAUACAUUUUAUAAUACAUUUUUCCGUAAAUUUGAACCUAAAACGAAUAGACAAAUAAAUAAUGACAUUACGUUAACUUUUUUUUUUUUAGCACUAAGUAUAACUUUUGAAAAACCUUUUAAUAUAAUUGUCGAAUAUUUUUAUGGGGCUAAAAAAAAUAAUUUACAGAAUCAAAAAGUAUUACAUAAAAUGUUGGUGUUUAUCAUAAUUUCUGUCAACAUCUGAACCUAAAAAUACUUUAUGAUAGCAUUUUAUUUACAAAUUUUCUAUAUUUUUAAAAUACUAUGCGAAUAUCUAAUAAGGAACCUUGUAUAAAAUUGUCGAGCAUUUAUAUGAACAAAAAUAAUUUUAUUCACGUACUAUCAAAUACCUCAAUUAUUUUAAAUAUCGAUUAAAUAUCUUAGAAAGUGCCAAAAUUUAAUAUUUAAAAUUGUACCACUUUUAGAAAGGACUUAUAUUAAUAUUAUUAUUUGUUGUCAAUAUUAAGUUCCUUAAAUUAUUUUUCACUGAAUAACCAAAAAAAAAAAAAAAAAAAAACUAUUUUAACAUCAUUGUUAUGUAAAUAUUCCCUUUUGUCAACAGUUUUCUCGGGUUUCUCCCAUUUUUAUAAGUUAAGAUUGAGUACACCGAAGUUCAAAAAUGACUUCCUCAAUGAACUAACUAGUGAUAAUUUUCUACAACCACAAAAAUUAAUAAUAUAUGAUAAUUCAAGAAGAUUUCAAGUCAAAAAUUUGUUGAUGGACAGUAAAAUAAGACAUACCAUUGCAUACUAAUUUAAUAAUUGGUACAUAUCUAAAUUAUCUUAGACCAUUAAUUGCAAAAGAAUACGUUGAUAAAUGAAUGAAUACUUAUCAUGAUUAGCUAGCGGUUGUAUGUACUUUAGGGUUUUUAAAUAGCGAUCCAAAUCCCUGAUCAGCACAAAUUUAAAAAGACAAAAUGUAUCUAAUAUUUAUGAUAUUAUAUUUAUCAUAUUUAUUAGAUUGGAAAUAAAUAAGUUACAACAGAUAUAAAUUUAGACCAAAAAGGUAGAGAAGAGAAAUAAAUAUCAUAUAAUUCAUUUUUAGAAGAAAAAUGAAUAGGACCAUUUUCAAUAAAUAUUUAUUUUAUUCAAUAAAAUUGCGGUUAAUUUCAAAAUUCGUUUUAACAGAUAAUAUUGAAUUCAAAUAAUAGAUAAACGUCACAUCUUGAGUAUUAUGAAUAGUCAACCAUGAAAAAUCAAGUAAUAAAUUAUUGAAAUAGGAAAUUUCAAAAAAAUGUCAGAGUCCUUUUUGUAAAUAAUUCUGAAUGGUAUUCAAAAUUAAAAACAUAAUGCUAACUUGAAUACCUUCCUACCUUAUUUUUAAAAACUAAGUAAAUAAUGGUUUUCAGAUAUCACCACACAAAAAAUGGAAUUCACAGGAGAGACGUCUGAACGACCAAGGAUGAUACGCAGAAAUACCUGGACAAAAUUAGAAGGAGAUAUAUUGGUAAAAUUAACUUAACGAACUUAACUUUUUUUUAAUAAACAUAUCAAAUUACAUAAUUUCAUUUCUAUACAGGCCGUAUCGAAAAAUAAAGAAGAUUAUCCAGAACGACCAGUUACACAAUUAGAAAAAGGUAAAAAGAAGACAGAUACACUUAAUAUAACAACAGGCGAAUUUUAUUCAAAUACAUCAAAUCAAGAAACAUAUCAAAAGCAUAAUGUACAAAAAACACAAAUUAUUAAGAAGCGAUCAGACAAUUUAAUAUGCGAAGGAGAGAUGCUAUUUGAAACAGCAUUAAAAACUGAUUACCCGGCAAAAACGACAGAAAUAGAAAAACCUGUAAGACGAAGAACAUGGACUAAGCAAGAUGGGGAAAUAUACUUCCAGACUACCUCGUCAGAAGUCUUCAAACAUCACAAAGAAACAAACAUCCGACAAACUGUAACGAAACAAUCAGAUAAUAUAACAAUAGAAGGAGUAUUUGAUGACAGGACUCAUUCCAAAGAGCAGUAUAAAUAUAAAACAAUAGAAAAACCAACACAGAAAAAACCAAUCGAUAAUUUAAAACCCGAAGGAGAAUUUGAUCGUCCCCAAAAAGAAAUUUAUAAACAUUCAGAAAGGCCAAAACAAAUAAAACCAACCGAUAAUUUAAAACCAGAAGGAAAGUUUGACAGACCUAAGCAAAAUGAAUACAAAACAACCGAAAGGCCAAAACAAAUCAAACCACAUGAUAACCUAAUGCCCGAAGGAGAUUUCGAUAGACCAAUCAAAGAAAAUUUCAAGCCUAGUGAAAGGCCGACACCGUUUAAACCAUCUGAUAAUUUAAAACCCGAAGGUGACUUUGAAAAGCGAGUACCACAAAAGGUAGGAUCAGGAGAUCGUGCACCUAUUGUAAAACCAAAGGACAAUUUACACCCAGAGGGUGAAUUUCAGAGACCUAAACAAAAAGAAUUUCAGCCAGCUGAACGGCCUAAACAAGUCAAGCCCCAUGACAAUUUAUAUCCUGAAGGUAAAUUUGAACGUCCAGAACAUCCAGAGUAUUCACCAUCUGAAAGGCCAAAAAAAUUCAAACCUACCGACAAUCUUAAACCAGAAGGUGAUUUUGAACGCCCUAUUUCCGAAAAGUUUAGGCCUAGUGAGCGUCCUGCUCCAUUUAAACCAUCCGAUAAUUUGAAACCAGAAGGAGAGUUUGAAAGAAGAGAACCACAAAAAGUAGGUCCAGGAGACAGAGCGCCAAUAGUAAAACCAAAAGACAAUUUAUAUCCCGAAGGCGAGUUCCAAAAACGCAAGCCAGAUGAAUAUCAACCUUCAGAAAGACCAAAACAAGUUAAACCGCAAGAUAAUUUAUAUCCCGAAGGUAAAUUUGAGCGACCCGAGCACCCAGAAUACUCACCCUCAGAAAGACCUAAACAGUUUAAACCUACAGAUAACCUUAAACCUGAAGGUGAUUUUGAUCGCCCUGUUUCUGAAAAGUUCAGACCUAGUGAGCGGCCAACACCAUUUAAACCGUCCGAUAAUUUGAAACCGGAAGGAGAGUUCGAAAGAAGAGAACCACAAAAAGUAGGUCCCGGAGACAGAGCGCCAAUUGUAAAACCAAAANGCGACCUGAGCACCCAGAAUACUCACCUUCAGAAAGGCCUAAACAAUUCAAACCUACCGACAAUCUUAAACCAGAAGGUGAUUUUGAACGUCCAAUUCAAGAAAAGUUUAGACCGAGUGAGCGUCCUGCUCCGUUCAAACCUUCAGAUAAUUUGAAACCAGAAGGUGAAUUUCAAAAGCCCAAGCCUGAUGAGUAUCAACCUUCAGAAAGACCGAAACAAGUUAAACCGCAAGAUAAUUUAUAUCCCGAAGGUAAAUUUGAGCGACCCGAGCACCCAGAAUACUCACCCUCAGAAAGACCUAAACAGUUUAAACCUACAGAUAACCUUAAACCUGAAGGUGAUUUUGAUCGCCCUGUUUCUGAAAAGUUCAGACCUAGUGAGCGGCCAACACCAUUCAAACCGUCCGAUAAUUUGAAACCGGAAGGAGAGUUCGAAAGAAGAGAACCACAAAAAGUAGGUCCAGGAGACAGAGCGCCAAUAGUAAAACCAAAAGACAAUUUAUAUCCCGAAGGCGAGUUCCAAAAACGCAAGCCAGAUGAAUAUCAACCUUCAGAAAGACCAAAACAAGUUAAACCGCAAGAUAAUUUAUAUCCCGAAGGUAAAUUUGAGCGACCUGAACACCCAGAAUAUUCACCGUCAGAAAGGCCUAAGCAGUUCAAACCUACCGACAAUCUUAAACCAGAAGGUGAUUUUGAACGUCCAAUUCAAGAAAAAUUUAGACCGAGUGAGCGUCCUGCUCCUUUCAAACCUUCAGAUAAUUUGAAACCAGAAGGUGAAUUUCAAAAGCCCAAGCCUGAUGAGUAUCAACCUUCAGAAAGGCCUAAACAAUUCAAACCUACCGACAAUCUUAAACCAGAAGGUGAUUUUGAACGUCCAAUUCAAGAAAAGUUUAGACCGAGUGAGCGUCCUGCUCCUUUCAAACCUUCAGAUAAUUUGAAACCAGAAGGUGAAUUUGAAAAGCCCAAGCCUGAAGAAUAUCAUCCUUCAGAAAGACCGAAGCAAGUUAAACCGCAAGAUAAUUUAUAUCCCGAAGGUAAAUUCGAGCGACCUGAGCACCCAGAAUACUCACCUUCAGAAAGGCCUAAACAAUUCAAACCUACCGACAAUCUUAAACCAGAAGGUGAUNCUCCGUUCAAACCUUCAGAUAAUUUGAAACCAGAAGGUGAAUUUCAAAAGCCCAAGCCUGAUAAAUAUCAACCUUCAGAAAGACCGAAACAAGUUAAACCGCAAGAUAAUUUAUAUCCCGAAGGUAAAUUUGAGCGACCUGAACACUCAGAAUAUUCACCGUCAGAAAGGCCUAAGCAAUUCAAACCUACCGACAAUCUUAAACCAGAAGGUGAUUUUGAUCGCCCUGUUUCUGAAAAGUUUAGACCUAGUGAGCGGCCAACACCAUUUAAACCGUCCGAUAAUUUGAAACCGGAAGGAGAGUUCGAAAGAAGAGAACCACAAAAAGUAGGUCCAGGAGACAGAGNCAAGAUAAUUUAUAUCCAGAAGGUAAAUUCGAGCGACCCGAUCACCCAGAAUACUCACCAUCAGAAAGACCUAAACAGUUUAAACCUACAGAUAAUCUUAAACCUGAAGGUGAUUUUGAACGCCCUGUUUCUGAAAAAUUCAGACCUAGUGAGCGGCCAACACCAUUCAAACCGACCGAUAAUUUGAAACCGGAAGGAGAGUUUGAAAGAAGAGAACCACAAAAAGUAGGUCCAGGAGACCGAGCACCAGUCGUAAAACCAAAGGACAAUUUAUAUCCAGAAGGUGAGUUUCAAAAACGCAAGCCAGAUGAAUAUCAACCUUCAGAAAGACCAAAACAAGUUAAACCGCAAGAUAAUUUAUAUCCCGAAGGUAAAUUUGAGCGACCCGAGCACCCAGAAUACUCACCCUCAGAANAUUUCGAACGACCUACCAUCCGGGAUAGUUUGGGUCCAGGUGAUCGUGCUCCAAUUGUUCGACCUAAAGAUAAUUUAUUCCCUGAAGGUGUUUUUGAUACAUCAUAUAUUAAAAAUGUAACAGAUGUUUGUGUCGGUGAAAGAGCUGUUAUUCAUGUACACGAAGAUAAUUUGAAGAUGUCUGGUGAACAUCACAUGUUUAAGAAAGAUGAUUAUUUACAAAAGACUUCUAUUCGUUCUGAUAUUAUUAAACAUGAAGACAAUCUCAAGGUUGAGGGCGAAUUUAUUGAUAGAUCUAAGAGAACAGAUUAUGCUGCCAGUGCAGGACACCGGGCUGAAAUUAUUCACAGAGAAGAUAAUUUAAGAAUGGAGGGAGAAUUUAUUGAUAUGCAUUCCAGAAAUGACUAUGUCAAACACACUGUGAAGAAAGUAUCAUCGUUUACUAAACAUGAAGAUAAUUUAAAAAUGGAAGGUGAAUUCGAAAAACGUACUACCCAUAUUAUUGGAACUGGCGAUAGAGCACCAAUUGUUAAGCCUAAAGAUAAUUUGAAACCUGAAGGAGAUUUUAUUGAUAGUGUAAAAAGAACAGAUUUUUCAGCUACUAUAGGAGAACGACCUGAAAUUAUUCAAAGAGAAGAUAAUUUAAAAAUGGAAGGGGAAUUUAUUGAUAUGUGUUCAAGAAAUGAUUAUAGUAAACAUGUUACGGAAAAGAUAUCAUCCGUUAUACGACGUGAAGAUAAUCUUAAAUUGGAAGGCGAGUUUGUAAAACGUCAACAAUCUUCAUAUGUUUCUAGUGAUAGACCAAUGCAAAUAAAGUAUCCUGAUAACUUAAAACUGGAAGGCGAUUUCGAAAAACGUUCACCUCAAAAAAUUGGACCUGGCGAUAGAGCCCCUAUAGUUAAGCCCAUAGAUAAUCUUAAACCCGAAGGUGAAUUUGAUAGGCCGAAUAAGGAUAAUUAUAGACCAGGUGAACGUCCAAAACAAGUAAGGCAUCCAGAUAAUUUAAAAACAGAAGGUGAAUUUGAAAGACGUACACCUCAAAAAGUGGGAGUCGGUGAAAGAGCACCUAUUGUCAAGCCUAAAGAUAACCUUAAACCAGAUGGUGAAUUUGAUAGGCCGAAUAAAGAUAGUUAUAGACCAGGCGAACGUCCAAAACAAAUAAGACAUCCAGAUAACUUAAAAACAGAAGGUGAAUUUGAAAGACGUACACCUCACACAGUUGGACCUGGAGAUAGAGCACCUAUCGUUAAGCCUAAAGAUAAUCUUAAACCAGAAGGUGAGUUCGAUAGACCGAAUAAAGAUAGUUAUAGACCAGGUGAACGUCCAAAACAAAUAAGGCAUCCAGAUAACUUAAAAACAGAAGGUGAUUUUGAGCACCGCACACUUCAGAAAGUAAUUGUGGGUGAGCGUUCUGUUUCUUCUAAACCUCAAGACAAUUUACGAAUGGAAGGAGAAUUUGAAAGAAGAGACCGUACUUAUACAGUCCGGAAGGUUGAACAAGCUGUUAUAAAGAAACAUGUCGAUAAUUUGAAAAUUGAAGGCAAGAUGCAUUUUAUCAACAAAAAUUUACAAUCUGAUCAGAAGUCAUCAGAUAUUGGUUAUUCUCAAACUAAAAUUCACGAUAAUGAUUCGAUAAAUGAUCAAAGGCGAAUAAAUCAAGUUACAAAGAUUCAUUCUUCUCAAAUUACUGAUAAUUUUACGUCUGUACAACAACAUAAAAGUAUUACAAAUAAUAGAAAACAUGUUGAAUCUCAAAUAUCUCUAGGAAAUUAUGCAAAUGAUUCAAAUAAAAAUGAAAAAAUAAGCGUUAAAUAUGGACAAUCUCAAUUUGAAGGAGAAUUAAGACAAUCGUCCGAAUCUCAAAAUAUUGAAAAUCGCAUUGAUAGACAAACAGCCAAUUCUUCAUUCCAAAGAAGCACCAGAUCAGAACACACCGAUAAAGUAGAAAGAAAAAUGUGGGAGACUUCUCAAAAGAGAGAUUAUUUGAAAGGUUCCGUUACAGAUUUAAGUACAAGUAAACAUUUAUCAUCCUCGAAGCUACAAUUAGACCAAACCAAUAAUCAAAGAUUAUCAGAAAAUGCUGUACUUCACCAGUCAUCUAAUCAAUAUGAUCAUACUUCAUCCCAAAACAUCGGUAGUCAAAACUCGCGUUAUGGAAUUCAAAAUGAGAAACAUAAUUAUUCUAUGAGACAAUCUCAAGAAUCUAGAGAACAAUUAAGUAAAACUGAAAGAUCACAAAACAAUAGUCAGUAUACAUUAUCACAACAUCUAAUGAACCGAGGACAAACACAACAUAAACACGAGAGUUUAAAUAACGAUAAUCGCAAUUAUUCUUCAAAACAAAAGUCUGUUCAUAACGUCAGUCAAUCCAUUGCUAAUGAAAGAUUAGAAACCAAUGAUGUCAAUUCUAAAUACAGUACUACUUCAGUAAGCAAAGAUCAAAUCAAACGUCCGGAAAGUUUUGUUAUAAGUUUAUCCGACACAAAAAUAACAAAUAAUCGAAAUGCAUCGUCCAUAGGACAUCAAUCUGAACAGUAUUCAAAUAAUUUACAGACUGUCAAAUCCGAAACGGAAAGACGAUCAUUUAGCAGAGAAAACAAAAACGAUACUAAUUUUAGUUCUCGUGAUUAUUCGUCAAAUCUGCGUACAGGUCAAUCGAAUGAACAAUUGAAUAGAAAUAAUCGUUACGAAAUCGCCGGUCGAAGUUCAAGCGGUUAUCAGAAUCAAUCUAAUUUGGUUACUUCGCAACAGAAUAUUUCUGAUCAGUCUACGACUAGUAACGCGGUAAAAAGUUAUUCUACGGCAACGUACAGGAAGUCUAUGCACAGUUCCAGGUCUAACAUAUUGAACAUCGACGCGUUGACCACGAUCGAUAAAAAUAGUCACAAAGACCAAUCACAUCAUCGGAAAUCUAUAAUAAGUUCGAAUACCGACCUAAGUAAUUCAGUGCUUCACCGAAAAGGAGAUAUCACACACGUAGAAUCACCCCAUACUACUUCAUCAGCAGCCGCCGCACAAAGACGUAGUAUUAACACAUUGGACUCAACUUUUAUAGUGUCCGGUCAAGACAACCGUAACAGUCUUAGUUCGCUUCAUCGACAAGAUAGAGUUAGUUCAUCGCGGUCGUCAAACAGAUCAAACUUCAGUUUAGGUGAAUCGUCAACAGAGUCAAGCACGAGUCAUUACAAAAACGAAUAUAAGCCGAGAGUUACCUGCCCGUGUCCGGUACCGUUAAUCGAAAGGAAUCAAGCACCUUUUAAGCAUACCCGGGAUACAAAAGCGCAUAAAUUUUACAAACCAACCAGUUCGGACGGAGAUCGUAAAUAA